UUUGUUUGCCACUCGCCGUGCAAACGUCGUUGGCAGUGAACGGAACGAAGCGCUGUAGUAUAGAUCGCUAGCUGGCCGUCUGGCUGAAAAUAGUGAACGAAGUAUGAGUUUUCGAAAUAUGUUCGAAUAAAAAAGUGAACAGUGAGUGACUGUCAUCGAGCAAGAUGGUUGAUGACGUGAAAGAUAUUACGGAAAAAGCUGAAAGUAAAGAGGCCCUAGACCGAGCGCGUUUAGCGCGCGAGCGGCGCGAGGCCGAGCAGCGGAAGCGGCUGGACGAGCUGCGCGCGCACGCGGCCGCGGCGCAGGCGCAGCGCGAGAAGCGAGACGAGGACCGCAGGAAGCGGCAGGCGGAGCAGCGCGCGAGAGACGACGACAGGCGGCAACAGGAGGUGAUCUCCGAAAAUUCUGGACCGAUCACCAAUGGAAAGGUAGAAGAGCGAAAACGCGCGAUAUGGGAGGCGUCCAUAUCGCGACGGGAAGCGCUACUGCAGCGCGAGAAGGACCGCACCGAGCGGCUGGAGCGCGCGCGCGCCGCCCGCUCGGCGCCGCGGCCCGCGUUCGCGUUCGGCUCGUCGACGCCGCGGCUGCUCGAGCCGGUCGACUCGGCGGGAUUCUUUUGGGCUGCGCGCAGUACCAACCCCAUAGAUCAGAUGAACUUUUUUGAGUCACUGGCGGCAUCAACGACUAAUGUGAUGUUCGCGUCUGCGCCGCUGACAAGACGCGCCUCAGCGCUUCAGUUGGACACUUCCGACACUGAUAACAAAGGAUUAAUGUUUUCGAGUUUCCACGAGGCGGAGCGCUCCCCGGCCGCCGCGUGGACGUCGGUGGCGCGCCGGCGCACCGACCUCGUGCCGACGGUGCCGGCCCCGCGCGCGCCAGGUAGGGCGUACUCUAUGACGCGCCUCGACAGGCUGCCGGCCCGGCCGCUGCACUCGGCCUCGCCCUCCAUGCACCACCUCAACAGGAGCCAGGGGCGGUCGGGCGACACGACGCCCGGCUCGCGGCCCGGCAGCGCGCUGUCGGGCGGCGGCGCGGGCGUGGUGCGGCGCGCCAGCUCGGCGCCGCGCAAGCCGCGCCCCGCCUCCAUCGCGGGCACCGGCUGCAACACCCCGAGAGGCGAGGCGGGGAGCGCGAGCGCGGCGAGCACGCCGGCGGUGUCGCGCGACGGCUCGACGGUGGCGCGCGCGCAGUCGGCGCCGCGCCGCCCGCGCCCGCUGUCGCUGCACGUGGCGCCCGCGCCACCGCCGCCGAGACCGGCAGCACCUUUGGGCCCCGGCGAAGGAAAGCCGCCCGUUCACAGAAAGCCAAAACCAGCCAAAGAACAAGAAAAGAAGGGAGGCAAGUCGCUGUCAGUAUCGCCGGGCCCGCGGGAUCUCGUUGUUGACGAUAUGUCCAAGUCGGUGACGUCGGAAAUACGGCAAGUGGACGCCCAGGAGGUGACGCAGAAGCUGGAGGCGCUGCAAGUCACUGACGAUGCGCCUGCGCAUAAUAACACAAUCGAAAACGUAGAGAACAUAGAAGCCAAAAUAGAAACGAACACACAUAAAGUACAAGAGAAUAGAACAGAAGAGAAGGUGGAAGUGCAGAAGGAGACGCAGAAAGAGAUACAGAAGGAGACACAGAAGGUGGAGCCGAAGAAGGAACCUUCUGUUGAAAAGACUGAGGAGAAUGAAAUGACUGCGUCGAUGAUAUCGCGGCGCAUCACGACGGAGGAGGAGGCGAAGGCGGCGCUGGCGGAGCGGCGGCGGCGCGCGCGCGAGGAGCUCGAGCGGCAGGCCGAGCUGGAGCGGCUCAGACUGCAGCGCGAGGCGGAGGAGGAGGCCGAGCGGCAGCGGCAGGAGGAGGAGCGGCAGCGGCGCGAGGAGGAGGAGGCGCGCGAGCUCGCCGCGCUGCAGCGCCGCCUGGAGGAGGAGAAGCUGCAGCGCGCCAUCGAGGCGCAGCAGCAGCUGGAGCGCGAGGAGGGGUCGCGGCGCGCGCGCGAGGAGGCGGAGCGGGCGGCGCGCGCGCGCGACGAGCUGGAGAAGCGGCGCGCCGGCGAGCUGGCCGAGCGCCGCCGCGCCGCCGAGCUCGAGCGCGAGGAGCGCGAGCGGCUCGCGCGCAAGCAGCGCGUCGAGGCCAUCAUGGCGCGCACGCGCCUCAAGAAGCAAGCGGAGGAGGACAAGAAGAAACAAGAGCAAGAACAAAAACCGGCCGAGAGUCAGACGGCGGCCGACACACAAAAGCAAGCACAAGCGAACGACGCCCCGAAGCAAGACGGCGCCGAAGCGAACAGCGACGCUGCGCAACCAGCCGAGACUGUCCAGGUUGCUGGACUGCCGCAAUCGGCGUACGAGAUCACGGAGAAUUCGACCGCAACCGCUCAGCCCGAGAGUGCACAUUCGACUGACGAUGCAGACGCCCAGCCGAAAGCGGAAAGCGUACAGGAUGGUAAAGUGGAGAGUCCGGUUGAGGAUAACGUAGCCAGCGUUACGGAUAACUUCAACGGGAAUGUACAAACGGCGGAUUUAUUGUCGCUUGCAACUAGUCAGCCCGAAGAGAAUCCAUCUCGCGAGCCGCCAGCGGAGCGGCCGCACGCCGCCGCCAACAAUGGCAACGUUACUGCCGACCUGCUUGGCUUGUCCGACGACAAUGAGAGUAAGGACACCACCGGCGAGCAGUCGUCCAUCAAACAAAUCGACAACGCCAGCCAACCGGAGGCCAACAAUGGCAACGUGGCCCACGUUGGCCACAUAUCCGCCAACUUCAUACAAACCGAGCGCAUGGCGGAACACAACCAAAAGAUCGAGAAGCUUCUCGACGACGACUUCACGACGCACAACGGCCACGGGCUCAAUCACCCGCUGACGUUGCAAAAUGCGAUCUAAUUUGUACGCGGUACGGUCGAAAAUCGUUUGGUCGAGCGUGCGUAUUGGCUAGUCUUGUACUGCAGGGUACACGCGAAAAGCGCUCUUAUUUACCUACGGAGGUGGAGGAUCGGACGAGUGUGAUAGCUUUGUCGUUGCAAACGAUGUCGACAUUGUUUGCUUUAGGGCUUAAAUUUGAUUGUACUGCCGUGUAUUGGCCGGCCUUGCCAUAUGGAUGCAAAAAUAUACAUUAUAUCUUCACGUUAGAGUUCAAAUUCGCUGGGCAAAUCGCAUUUAAGCUAGAUGCACGUCACGAUGGAAAUGCGAAUGAAGUCUGUGUUCUAAAUUUGAAAUUCUAUUUGUCAGUUAUGGAUUGACGUUACUAUUUAAAAUUUAACAUUGCGUUAUUGAUUUAUAAUUCAAUUAAUUAUGCAAUCUGCCCAUAUGAGCCCACGAUGAUCAAACCAUAAUAUUUCUUCAAAUAUACGGGCUAAGUGCAUUUAAUUCAGCACCCAAUGAAAAUCCUACAAAACUUUAGAAACAACAAAAUGCAACAUAAAUCAGAAAGAAGAUAAUGUUUAUUU